GAUUUCUGAUCGUUAGGUGGCGGUAGUAUCGUGUUCUUGAAACACCGAAGAAGAGUUAACCAAACAACGGUUGCAGGAACCGGAAAUACGCUCCUAACACACGUGUUUCUACGUCCGUGGUGUGGAAACAGAGUCGAGUGUACUUGUAACAGUUUGUAAUUUAUCUUUCUUAUAUAAAUAGCACACUGAGGCAGUGCACGAAGGGUUUCGGGUCAACAUGAAUACCCCAGGAGAGUGUAUUUCGACUGAAAAGUCAGAGCCCGAGUUAACAGAAGAGCCCGAAAGCACGCAGGACGUGGAUAAAGUUACACGGACUCGUAGCGGACGCAGGGUCCGCACGCCAGCCCUCUUGGCCGACUCUCAGGUCCCUAGUCCAGCAAAACCCUCGACACGCAGGACGAGGAAAUCUGUUAUUUCUUUGGAUAAAGGAGAUUCGGAGGAAGGACAUACCAUGACGCGUAUAUCAGAGGCGCCCGUAGGAGAGUCUACAGAUUCCCCCAUGCUGCUUGAAAACGAGUCCAAUAAAUCAGAAGGACGCAUAGAAACGGUCCCUAGUACGAUGGAAACGGCCCCCGUACACCCCGGUGAAAAGCCCCAGGAGGCGGCUCUAUUUGUCCCGGGAACGAAACAGACCACGGCAUCACAGAUACCUCUGGGAAAACCGAAAUCGGGUCGAGUUUGGAAGGACCGGAAUAAACAAAGGUUCUCUGCAGUGGUCAGGGAUAAGCCCCUGCGUACUUCUUGGGGAAAAAAGAUGGCAGCCAAACAAGAGCAGCAGUUGGUCAAAAAGUUCUCCCUUCAACUUAAACAAGACAAGGCCAAAGAGAAAGAGGACAAGAGGAAACGGACGGAGGAGACAUUGAAACGACGUGCUGAGAAUGAGCGCAAGUCAGAGAUUGUUCAAGUGAUCCGGAAUACAUCAAAGAUAAAGAGGAUGAAGAAGAAACAGUUGAGGAAAGUUGAGAAGAGGGAUACAUUGGCCAUCCUGCAGAAGACCCAAAAUGAGAAGACUAAGGGUCAGCGUAGCCGCAAAGAAAAAGUUGUUGAUAAAUAAUGCGGUAGCCAAAGAUCUGUGCUCCGUCAGUAACUUUUAGUAACUAUUUCAUUGAUGCUGUUCUUUUUUGAUAAAAUGAAGCUUAUAUUUCAGUGCAUUUAUCUAAAUACAUUAAAAAAAUGCUCAAUAAGAAAUGUGGUUUUGCAACUUAAUGGAAAUGCUCCAUACAUCUCAAAGAUAAAUAGUGGGCUUGGAACUCUGACGUAUACCUACACAACUGACAAUUGUUUGGGUGUGUGUUUGUAUCAUUGUAAAUAAGAAGAUAUUUGCGUACUUUUGAAAGAACUAUUCAUGUAGUCCUUUAGGUUUGGUUGAAGUCCAGCUCUGUUAAGCGUCAUCAGAGGCUUCCUAUUCUGAACGAAAUGUGUAGUGGGAUGGAUGGAGGGGAAUGCUAGUUACAAUAUGUGGUUAGUGACUAGAACACUAACUUUAAAGGUUUUCUGUGAAGUCAUUUGCUUAUUUAGCUAGCAAAAGUCAGUUUCCUAACUUUAGUUUUCUCAAUUCUAGAUACUAGCUCAAUGUUGAACGAAUAUAUAAUAAUUUGGCUGCAUUUGCCCAUUUUUUUCAUUUACACGUAAUCCUAUCACUCGUCAGCACUGUGGUUUGUGAAUUAUAACUAGCUGCCUAGUUUAAUGAGUUUGCUAGUAAAGUGAAAGUCUAUCUAAAGGCAGAUGGCCUGUUAUUUAUUUUUCUCCAUAGAGGUUAUGAUUAAAAGCCUUAAAGUCGCUACAUACACAAAGGCGCACAAUAUAUGACACUUGAAUUGAUAAAAAAAUACAUAAUAAAUGUUAUAAGAUGCAAGAAAAGCCCUAAACUAUUGGGUUGUAACCAUUGCGUAAAAGUUGGCAAUGGUUUUUGGGAUGAGUAGUUCCUUACAGAGCAUUGUACCUUAGCCUUUUCUUCCGUUUUCCAAAUUCCUUUUUGCCCCGAAUCAUGUUUUAUGGUCACAACUAGCCCGAUGGUUGAUUGGCUUGGUCCCAGGCUAAAAACGUUAUAAUUAUUUUACCAAAAAAGUAAACCAAGAAAAUCAAUGGGAAAUGUUCAAAGCUUCAUCCACUUGUGCUAAUGAGUUUAUCUUCGGUAUAAUGUAUUGGAAACGAGCAAUGUGUAAGACCACCACUUUAUGAUUUCGGCCAAAGAUCCACUCAUGAAGUUCUGCGAUAAAGUAGUUUGACUGCUAUAUUACCCGGUUGCUAACAAACAUAACUGCAGUAAUUCUUACUCUUUAUCAAAUGUAUUCAUUAUCAUUAAAUGUAUGUACAAUUAAUUGGUGAAAAAAGAUACAUGUCGUUGAGCAUCAAAGCUGAUAACGAAUCAUUAACAAUCCUGAUUGUAUAACCUGCUGCUGAACCUCAAGCAGAUCAUGCUGGUUUUCCUCAGGAACAGAGGCGACAGUAAAUGGCAGACUAGGCCUACUUCGUGCAUUAAAAAAAAAUCACAUUUAUUUUUAUUAAAUACAUUUGCUAACAGGAAUUUGUAUUGGAUUUUGAUACAUUUAGUGAGGAUGUAUUUGUGUUUUGUAUCCAUACAUUUAAAUUUACAUUAGGAUUUUGCUCACACAGGUAAAGGCUACCCCCGUUUUGCAAUCGCUGAUUUAGGGUAUAACUUAACCCGAUAUUAAACAUAACUGCUAAAGAGGUAUUCGACGUGUUGGUUUUGAAAAGGGUCGUACAUUACAUGAUAAAAAGAUUAACCACCUAGUUAAUUAAUGAUUUUACGAUGUGAUUUUAUG